AUGAAUCCGGAUACGAAUUAUAUACGAUUGCGUGGGCUUCCGUUUGCCGCUAAAGAACAAGAUGUCCGAGAUUUCCUUCAAGUUUUUUUUUUCGGUUUGAAUGCAAAGUCGAUAACUUUCACGCUAACAUCAAAUGGUCGAGCAAGUGGCGAAUGUUACGUGGAGCUGGAUGAUCAGGAAGCUGUCAAAGAAGCUCAAAAGCUUGAUCGUAAUGAGAUAAAUGGACGCUAUAUCGAAGUAUUCAGUGUUAGUGAUGCUGAACUACUGAUGAUGAUACGUCAUGGAGUGAUCAAAGGUAGUGGUGGAGAUGCGGACAGCCGCUAUGCUAGUAACUUUGUUGUCCGCCUUCGAGGUUUACCAUAUAGUGCGACGAUCGAUGACAUCAAGGAAUUUUUCUCAGGCCUGGAAGUAGCGGAUGCGGUAAUCGACAAAGAACCGGGGGGUCGACCUUCGGGGGAGGCAUUCGUACGGUUGGCAACCAAAGAAUACGCAGAAUUGGCUUUGGAGAGAAGCAAAAACUACAUGGGUUCAAGAUAUGUCGAGGUUUUUCGCAGUUCGGCCGAUGAAAUGGAUAAUAGUUAUUAUGCAGCACGAGGCAUACCACCGCCAACCAGUGGACCAGUCCCAUUGCGUGGAAUAAGUCCGACGCUUGACUUUCGAUUUCGUGACAGGUAUGCAGAUUAUGGUCGCUAUGGUGGACCGAUAAGGCUUUCAAGCUUACACCCACGCCCAUCACCGUAUGAUCGUCCAUAUUAUGAUAGGGAUCGUUAUUAUCGAUACGGUGCACGAUAUGAUCCAGAAUUCGAUGAAGCAAUGUAUGACCCCACCGUUAAAGUUUUUAUGCGAGGUUUACCAUACAGCGUUACUACACUCGAUAUUGAAGAGUUUUUCCGACCGUUGAACUGUGUCGAGAUUAAGCUUGGUUAUAAUGAAGAGCGUCGUCUUUCGGGUGAUGCACUGGUAACUUUUUCAACAAUGGCUGAAGCACGAGAGGCACUAUCACGUAACAAAAACAAUAUGGGCACGAGAAAUAAAAAACGGAAACGUACGAGGAUUUCUGAAGGCACGAAAAUGUUGUUACGAAAGAGGAGAACAAUGAAGAAGGAGAAUCAAAUGAACGAUGAAUAUGCUGCCUUAUGCAAACAAAUACGAAUGCAAAUGAAAAGGGAUUUUGAAGAAUAUAGACGUUGGAAAAAAGGAAAAACAUCGCAUGAAAACACUGAGAAUACGCAGGAAGAUGAAACUACCAUGGAGGAUUUCGAGCGAGUAAUGGAAGAAGAAUUUUUGCAGGAAAACGGUGGAAAAGAAGAUACGAUUUCAUUGAAAAAUUUUGGAAUACAGUUGGAAAAAAGUGGAACCGAGGAAAACACGAAAACUUUCCAGGAAGAAAGAGUAGUGCAGCAGAAUACAAAAAAGAAAAAGGAACAACCAAAUGUUGUACAGAAGUUUGUGGAGAAAACUGAGGAACAUUUGCUGAAUGGGUUGUGUACCGCAGAAGCUUCUGAGAAGCCAAACAUAAUAAGCGAACAGCAGCAGAGAGUGGUUAUGUCACAGGAGAAACUACAUGAAGUUAAAACGUCUGGCGAAUGUGAUAUGAAGUUGAAAGGAAUGUUUGGCGUAGAUGGAGUAUUUGAAAUGAUGAUAGGUAACGAGACCGAAAAGAUGCGGAGUGAGGAAACAAUGCACGCAAAUGAUGAAAAAUGUGCAGAAAAAGAACGUGUAGCAGGACCAUCAAGCAAUAUUGAAUGGAAAGGUGAACCAUGGAUUAAGGGCAGGUACGGAGCAGCGGAAAAUUGCUCGGCCCUCAGUAUGGUACCUUUGGUGUCGCUGAGAUACAUCGAAUUAUUUCCAGCAACAAAUAUCCCUCAUCCAAUUAAAACAAUAACAUUCCGUACAGUAAGCGGAGCGCCUACUCGUCUAACAUCAGCCCCACGUCCGCUUUACAGCUCUUUUGCUGAAGAUGAAGAAACUGCUUAUUCAAGUGGAGUUAGUGGACAGCAAUACUACAAUGAUCAAUAUGAAGGUCGUCAGUCAAAAUAUGGUCGUGAUUGGGGCGAGCCAACACGUACAACUUGGUGA